GCAAAUGAGCCAGGUCUCUGAUCGGCAGGGGGUGGGUUGAGUGUGUGUGCAUGCACGUGAACAGAGCAGGUGUCUGUGUUGCGGGGAUAAAGUGGGCUGUCAGCUGGAGCUCAAGGUAUUGGAAGUGGCCUACUGGGUUAAGGACAGCCAUUAAGAAGAAAACAAACCUUGAAGAGAAUACAGUCUUCCCAUUUGGAAAAUAAAAAUAACCCUUGCCUUUCAUCCUGAGUUUUUGCAACAAGACAGAAGCCAAGACGAUGUUUUGUUGGCUGUAAAGUACUAUGUACAUGUCAGAGGUGGCAGUCAUGAUCAGUCACGAUAGCACAGCUGAUACAUAUUGAGGGCUUACUGUGUCCCAGGUACCAGUAUGCUAAGCACCUAUGUAUAUUAUCUCAUUCCACCCUGACAGUAUUCAUAUGAGAAAAAUACGGAUAUUAUCCCUUAGAAUGUCAUCUCCACGAGGGCAGGGAUUUUUGUCUGUUUUGUUCACUGUUGUGUUGCCAGAGCCUAGAACAGUACCUGACACAUAAUAAGUGCUCAAUAAAUAUUUGUUGAAUGAAUGAAUGAAUCGACCCAGGAUACAGAUGAAGGCCCUGAGGCUCAAAGAGUACCAUUUGGCCAAGGUCGCCCAGUCAGUAAGUGGCUGGGAUAGCAAGCAAGGACCUUCUGAUCUCAGUGUCCAAGUUCUUAACCACUUGACUCCUUCCUAGGAGUACUGUUCUUUGAGUACAGUUGCUUGUUGUCACUGUUAUUCUUGUUGUUCCUAUUAUUAUUUCAGGCCCUGGGCUUGGCCAGGCAGGGGAACCAGACACUGGAUCCCAUCUUCCUCCCACCAUCUCCACCUCCAUAUUCCUUCCGAGUUUCCCAACCAUCUCUCCCAGUCACCCCUUCACCACUGGCCCUUCCCACAGCUACCAAUCCAUAGCCCAUCCCCCGCUCUUGCAGGGAUGUUCCUGAUGACAAACAGCCUAUUGCCAGCCUCCCAGGAGUGGCCAGGUAGGAGACGGAGUGGGGAGGGCAGGGUUAUGAUGGAGGGAGCAAUUUCACAGGUGGAGGUGACAGGAAGCAGAAGCAGACCCAGGAGGCAGAAGAUCCAGAGAGGCUGACUUCAGCUCAGAAGGACUGUCUCGGGGGGCAGAGUUGUUCCACAACAAAAGAGGCAGCCUCGGUAUGGUGUGAACCGGCUGGAAGAGAUGCUGAAGCCCCUGGUGGAGGAGGGCCUGCGCUGUGUCCUAGUCUUCGGCGUCCCCAGCAGAGUUCCCAAGGAUGAGCGGGGCUCUGCGGCAGACUCCGAGGACUCCCCGACUAUCGAAGCCAUCCGUCUGUUGCGCAAGAACUUCCCGGGCCUCCUGGUGGCGUGCGAUGUGUGCCUGUGCCCCUACACCUCCCACGGUCACUGCGGGCUUCUGAGUGAGAAUGGGUCGUUCCAAGCUGAGGAGAGCCGCCAGCGGCUGGCAGAGGUGGCGCUGGCCUAUGCCAAGGCAGGAUGUCAGGUUGUGGCCCCGUCGGACAUGAUGGACGGACGUGUGGAAGCCAUCAAGGAGGCUCUGAUGGCACAUGGAUUUGGCAACAGGGUAUCAGUGAUGAGCUAUAGUGCCAAAUUCGCUUCCUGUUUCUAUGGACCUUUCCGGGACGCAGCUCAGUCGAGCCCAGCUUUUGGAGAUCGCCGCUGCUACCAGCUGCCGCCCGGAGCACGAGGCCUGGCCCUCCGCGCGGUGGACCGGGAUGUACGGGAAGGAGCUGACAUGCUCAUGGUGAAGCCAGGAAUGCCCUACCUGGACAUCGUGCGGGAGGUGAAGAACAAGCACCCUGAGCUCCCUCUCGCCGUGUACCACGUUUCUGGAGAGUUUGCCAUGCUGUGGCAUGGAGCCCAGGCCGGAGCGUUUGAUCUCAAGGCUGCUGUACUGGAGGUCAUGACUGCCUUCCGCAGAGCAGGUGCCGACGUCAUCAUCACCUACUACACGCCUCAGCUAUUGCAGUGGCUGAAGGAGUGAUGGAGAAAGUGUGCAAGACCCCAGAACUAGAACUUUUAAAUUCCUGAGCCUUGGAGAAGUGAAAACCAAAGUAAACGAUGCUUUUAGAACUGUG